GCUGCUCCCAAGAAAACCGGCGACGAGCAUCCGUACCCGGCAGUUUGACUGUGCGUCUUCGCUGCUUCCAAUUUCACCGUCACCCGCAACAGCCGUCGAGCAAGACGAACCUCACUCAUUCACCAACAACAACAAAAAGCACACCAGCCUCUAGCGACUCCAUUAAACCAAGCAGCACUUCGUAUGCCGCAAUUUCUAGCACAUAUCUGAAAGGGCUCGGAGAUUAGCGUCAGGAGAUAAACGGCCGCUGCAGGAUGGAGACGCAGAUACACGUGCCCGUGGGGUCCCCGGUAAUUCGAAAAAUCCCCAUUUUCGUGGACGAACACAACGUGACGGAGGGCGCCAUGAAGCUCAUAAAGGAGCUGAGACCGGCGUGGGACUCGAGCGACGUCAGGACCAAGCUCUUCACGGACGGAACCACCAACAAGCUCGUGGGCUGCUACGUGGAGGACACUCCAGAGGACGUGGUCCUGGUCCGGGUAUACGGGCACAAGACGGAGCUGAUAGUGGACCGAGACAACGAGCUCAAGAGCUUUCAGGUGCUACAUGCUAACGGUUGCGCCCCGCGCCUCUACUGCACCUUUCAGAACGGCAUCUGCUACGAGUUCAUUCAGGGGGACGCCCUCGGGACGCAGGACGUCAGGGAUCCCUACUUGCUCAGACUGAUAUCCGGGGAGAUGGCUCGUAUCCACGCCAUCCACGCACACAACGGCUGCAUCCCCAAACCCAACCUCUGGAUCAAGAUGCGGAAAUACCUCUCCCUCGUGGCCACGGAGUUCACCGACCAGGCCUCCAACAUCAGAAUCCAGCAGGAGGUUCCCAGUAAGGCGGUGCUGGAGCAGGAGAUGGCGUGGAUGAAGGAGCAUCUCUCCAACCUGGGCUCCCCCGUGGUGCUCUGCCACAAUGACCUGCUCUGCAAGAACAUCAUCCACAAUGAGAAAGAGGGUCACGUCCGCUUCAUCGACUACGAAUACUCCAGCUACAACUACCAGGCCUUCGACAUCGGCAACCACUUCAAUGAAUUUGCAGGAAUGGCGGAGCUGGACUACGGUCUGUACCCGAGUCGGGAGAUGCAGAUGGACUGGCUCAAAGUUUACCUGCAGGCCUACAAACUCUUCACCAUGAAAACGGAGGAGGUCAGCCAGCGAGAGCUGGAGACGCUCUACGUGCAGGUCAACAAGUUUGCUCUGGCUUCUCACUUCUUUUGGGGCUUCUGGGCGCUCAUCCAGACCAAGUACUCCACCAUCGACUUUGACUUCCUCGGGUACGCCGUGCUGCGUUUCAACCAGUACUUCGAGACCAAACCCGCGGUCAUGGCCCUGCAGAUCCCCGAAUGAGAGGAGGAGGAGGAGGCGGCGAGAAGACAGGAGGGAGGGUGUCACAGGUUGUUGUUGUGUUGUUUUUUUAACGCUGGGAACUCUUCUCCGCGCGGGCCAGCUGCUGACGGACCGCUGCCCGGUCUGCACCGGCGUCCUGUCUUUCCUUCCUCAAUGAGCAGCGGCCGCCUCUUCGUCCCUCCAACCUAGCGCCGCGUGUCUGUCCCAGCUCUCGCCCGAGAAUGAUAGAAGUUCCGUGGGGGGGGUUCUCCCCGCAUGAGAGAGAGAGAGAGUGCGUAUGUUUGUGUAUCAUCAUUUUUACCCCGGCAUCUUCCCUCUUCGGUGCAAACGAACUCAGCGUAACGACGGAGAAAAGAGGGACGGACGCCUAAAGAGGAGUUGGAUGCCGACACCGACAGAUAGUAUCUGUGGCUCGAUGCCACGGCCUCAUUGCGGUUAGAAACUGGAAAUUCUUCUAAUUUUGUGCGUGCGUGAUGAGAACAUUCCUCCUCCUGUUUGCAAAUAAUCAUUUUUUUUUUAAAGUGCUCGUAGCUUCGCUUUUUCCGCACUGCACUUCCCAUAAUUCACCUGUGCAUCAAACACUGCGGUGAGGGUAUUCUGUGACCUUUCCUCUUGAGAUAUAUGAAGUAAUCUGUCCGUAUAUAUAUAUGUAUUUAUUAUUAUUUAGCUUCUGUCAGUUCCUCUCGUACAGCUGCUGCUGUACAAAUGUGAAGCGAACCGUAUAGUGUGCCGGCAGACUUCUAGAGGCUCCGCCCACCCCGAGGAACCGCGGAGGGAAAAUCUUUUCAAGGACUCUGUCGGUUGCGUCACUGUUGUGUUCUAGCAAUCGGUGCUCGAGAGUAGCUGAGCGUGCAUUUAUUUAAACGCGCGAAGACGGAUUAUUUAACAUCUCGGGUGAAACGAGUCGUCGGUUUAAUGAGCGUUGCGUUGAAAUGAGGAGCGAUACGAAGCCGGAGAGGGGAGGGAGAAGAAAGAAGGAGAGGGCACCUGUGGUAACGUCUCUCUGAACUCUGCGUCUGUUUUCCACCUACUUGACUUUUAUGGUUGCAGUGAAUCGCUCCUUUUAACUUUCCAUUUUGCGCUUCCAGACCUCUUGGGGAAUCCCCCCCUCCUCUCUCGGAUGCCCUCCGCGCUCCACCCACCCCAUUUCUUUUUUCCUGUUUAAUCUGUUGGGAUUGAGGCAGUAGCACCUGUUCCUCAGGCCGUCAGUGUCAUUCAUUCACUUCCCAGGUUCGGAGACGCAUUGUGUUCCGGAAACGGCUAUUGCGCAAUACGUAACGGGGUCGGGUAGAGUGGCUUUCAACAAGAGGCAGGAAGUGGUUCUGACACACCAACGUGAUCUCGUCUCGAUGCAGAUGGUCGGUGCGUUGUUAAUGUUCUAAAUACAUUUAUCGAAGGUGUAAACGGUCAGUCGGCUCGAGGCAACCGACCGACUUGGUUCGGAUUGAAAAAAAGAAAGAAGUCCCUUCAGUCUUGUAACUUUAACUAGGGACGGGUCACAUGACGCCAUCGGUAAAACAAUUAAAACAACUUGAAUUUUGGUAUCACUUGGGACAGAAAUCCCCCCCAAUGAUUGUUUAAACUGUCCAUUUAUUUUAAAAAAAUGAUCAUAACUUCCCAGAGCCCCAAAUAACUUCUGACCUAUACAGAUUUAGUCCCAAUGAUUUAUGACGAAUACAUGCUGCUAAUCAACAUGUGAUGCUUAGUAGGCAUUUUCUCAGUUUUUGCUUGAAAUGUGUUUUAUAUAAUUUGUAUUAUAUAAUUCUGUUUUUGACUAAAAGAUGAGGAGACCCACACAACCGUGUUGACAGGCCGAGUCGUAGUAACCAUUGCCAAUAAACUGGCUUUGUGUUGUGUGUGACAUCAGCAGAGAUCCUUUUCUAAUCAGCACAGAUGGACCUUUGACUCGCCCGUUCCCUUUUUCUUGUCCUCGUAGUUUGAGAACUCCGCUUUCACUGCGCCGCGGCAACUUCUCUCCUUUCUUUAUUCCGUUGGCCUUCAACUCGAUUAGAAACGACGCAACUCAUUCCUGGAUGAAAGCGGUCCUCCGUCGCCCACGGCCCCCCCAGCAGGGGGAGACGCCGAGACCCGACCGCCGACCUCCGCUGCCGGUUUCGAGCGCAGCCGGAGAGACGCCAACCGAUGGUUUCAGGUCGUGACCCGAGAAAGUGUCGUGAAGAGGGUCUGAGGGUCCGAGGGUCUCGACGUGUUUGGGAGCCACGCUACCAGCCUCGCAAAACCAGUGGUGCACUUUCUAUGCUCAGCCCUUAUUUUAGUGGAUUUAUUGUGUAGUAAUCUGCUUAGAUUUUCAGACAAAAGCCAAAUUAAUGAACUUGCUGCUUGAACGCACAAUCCUAAUAUCAAUGUAGGAAUUCAGCCUGGAUGUGGGAAAAAAGAAGCCAGUUUGCACUCCAUCCAUUUUGAAGGGUCAGGUUUAUUUCGUUAAUUGACACUCCAGCAGCCGGUGAUGUUACGAGCUGAAAACACAUCCCGCACAGAACCGAGGCCGCCCUCUUUUUAGAAGUGGGCUGAUAUCCGAGCAGCCGUUUGGCCCGUUGGUCACCCUACCCACUGUGUUGUGUUUUUAAUUUCAUUUUUACAUCGAGAGGUUCCGAUACCAAAAUAGUCGAGUCCGCUGUGUAUUCCAAAGGCUUCGACACGUGUCGCGCACACACUGAACUGUAAAACGACUGAAGUGACCUUAUCGUUGUACAGAAACACACGAGACACUAAUAACCACACGGUAUGUUAACGGAGACCGGCCAUCAACAAUCUAAACAAGCUGCUGUCACGCAGAAUGAUUCACAUUUCUUUUAAAGAGUAAAACAAAAAGCAGUGUUUCCAGCUGCCCCACACAGUGAUGUCACAGUGUAGAGUCACUCAACACAAACUGGCAACGCACAACCACCAAAUCAAAGUCAUUGAUUUCAACUCGAGGUCCACUCGCGCGGUUCCUUGGGCGCCGUUACCCGAGCCGGCUUUACGUUGUACCGAUUUGGCCAAAAUGUAGCAAACAAAAGCAGAAAAUAUAGAGUUAUGCCAAAAAAAUAACCAGAUGUCGUACUGGCUUGGGAGAAACACAUUCCCAGUAUGCAUCAGACCAGUCUACCUCGCCUACUGUAUCCCACAAUGCAAAGCGCUAGAACGGCAGUGUUAUGGUUAAAAACGUCCACGUUUUAAAACUAAGUUGAUUUAUUUUGUAAAAAUUGUUCACAAACUGCCGUGAUGGCAAGCUAGCGCCUGCUGGAGCCUGUUCAGUUGCCAUGGAGAUGGGCGUCUUGACGUCUGGAAAUCGACGUUAAGUUACAAAACAAUUAGAUAAUUGAACCUUGCAUGUUUUUACCGACAACAUAUAUUCUACAAAAUCGUGUUUCUCGAUAUGGUCGUCGUUGACACGUUUCUCAUGACGUUGACACAGUGGGUGAGGUGAAAAUGAGCCAGACGAGAAGUCGUUGCCGGCCGGUUUGAAUCUCCGGCUUCAAGCCGUCCGUCAGACUUGACCCGCUUUCCUUUUCGGCCUCACGUGGUGUUUUGAAGCCGUUUUAACAGGGUUUAUUUAUUGGGUGCAUCUUGACGUUGCAUUUCGCAAUUGUUUUCGUUUUUUUUUCCUUCGCUCUUUUCUAAUCAUACCAAAACGGUAAGCUCCAGAGGGUUUGCACUGCAGUUUAUUUGAGAAUUAACUAUUUUUGUGUGAGUGCACUAACUUAAUUUUAAGAAAACACUGUACAGAUAACUGCUUUAUUUUCUUUCUUCACUACCUUUGUACGCUGAUAUUUACUUUUUGUAAAGUGCUUUGAGCGCCAUCUAUAGGGGACCCAGCGUUGUGCCCGCAGAUGUGACUUUAAAUGUAUCAUCCAACUGCUAGAGGAGACGGCGGAGAUGGAGGCUGUAAAUACUGUAAGAAAUACUGUGAAAAAGCUUACUGUACGGUGAUCCUUCACACCUCCCGUAGGAGUGGCAAGAAGAAUUAUUUAACAGUUGUCAGUAAAUAUUUCCAUUAAAAUGUAUAGAAUAAUAAAUGAAUAAAAAUA